CGGUGAUGACGUCGGACAGACAAGUCUGAACAGCUUUGCGCGCUCCCGACGCCAACGAACACGAGCCGAGGCUUCCUCCACAUCCACAGCCAGAGCAAGAACCAGGAAGUGAAAGUAUACACAUGGAGGGUGUGUCUUUCCCUGCCAGUGAAUGUUUUAUUUUUAAAAACACAGUCCUCCUCGGAUAAAUCAUGGGGGACUCGGCGAAGUCCAAGCGGCGGGAGCAGCUAAAGCGCUGGGCCGAAUCCUGCACCAACAAAGCGUCGGCCGUGCCCAGGCGGAGGUGGGGGGGCGACGCCGAGAACGGAGCAGGGGAACCGGAGGCCGAGCUCGGCGACCCGCCGAGGGACCAGCUAGUAUCUGUGGGCAGAGAUGAAACCAGCCCCCUCCUCAAACGAAGGAAAAGGGUGAGGUUUGACAGGGCUGCAGAGUUCCUGGCUGCCUGUGCCAGCGGGGACACAGAGGAGGCCCAGGUGAUGCUGAAGGAGGCCAAAGAGACCAAACAGAGGAACGGGGAGGAUGUGGCAGAAAUUAUCAACUGUUCCAAUGCAGAUGGAAUCACUGCUCUCCACCAGGCCUGCAUAGAUGGCAGCAUAGAGAUAGUGUCCUUCCUUUUGGAGCACGGUGCCAAUGUGAACCAGGUUGACAGUGAGGGAUGGACACCACUACAUGUUGCUGCCUCCUGCGGCUACCCUGACAUUGCAGAUUUCCUUUUGCAGCGAGGUGCGUCUCUCUCUGCUGUGAACUGUGACGGUGAUGUUCCUCUGGACAUUGCUCUGGAUGAGACCACUGACUCCCUUCUUCAGGGAUACACUCUGAGACAGGGUGUGGACUUGGAGGCAGCCAAGCAGCUGGAGGAGGAACAGAUUAUGACAGAUGCCCGGACCUGGCUUCAUGAGGGCCCACCCGCUGAUGUACGACACCCCAGGACCGGGGCCACCCCACUGCAUGUGGCUGCUGCCAAAGGCUACCUAGAAGCCCUCAAGAUACUGUGUCAAUGUGGGCUCGAUGUGUCAGCUAAGGACUUUGAUGGCUGGACGCCUCUCCACGCUGCGGCACACUGGGGUCAGGGCGAGGCCUGUCGCGUUCUAGCUGAACAGCUGUGCAAUAUGGAGGCCCGCAGCAACGCGGGUCAGACACCGUUUGAUGUAGCUGAUGAAAGUGUUGCGGAGCUCCUGGAGGAGUUAUUACAGAAACAAGCCAAUUCCAUAUUGGACAGGCAAAACCAACAAGGCUCCACCGCUGCAAACGCACAAAACAAACGGCGGAGGACCUCAGUGUGCAGGAUGAGCAGUAAAGACAAGAUGAACGUGCAGGACCAGUCUAAAGAGAGGGGUGUGUCAGGAGGCCUGGAGCUGAGUGAGGAGAAAGAGAGUAGCCCCGAAAGCUCCACCGUGUCCAGUCCAGACACUGAGAGUGUGACCACAUCCCCAUUCAGCCCGGCAGACAAGACACCAGAGGAGAAAGAUGAGGAGGACAAGGAGCAGGACAAGGCAAACCGCACUGCCAGAGUCCAACCAACUCCUCAGACGAGGGAUGCUGCCGCCGAGAGCCCCAACACCCCCAACGCUGACAGGCGCAAGUUCCAGGCUCCAGUCAGAGACGAAGAGUCUGAGUCUCAGAGGAAAGCUCGCUCUCGGCUGAUGCGGCAGUCUCGCCGCUCCACACAGGGUGUGACUCUGACAGACUUGAAAGAAGCAGAAAAGACUGUGGCUAAAGCUACAGAUCCACCACCUCGCAACAUCCAGCCUGUCAGCCCCAUUGUUACUGUCACGCCUGCUGAACGGGAUACAGACCCGGUGAAGCAGGAGGAGCCGGAGGGAGAGAAGCGUCUGGGAGUGAAGGACAGGAGGAGAGGGAGGAGGGAGAGACGUUCCACUGGCAUCGUUCAGCCAGGUGGAGAGAAUGAAGAUGAGAAUGCUCAUUUGGAUGAUACAAACAGUAACAAUACUUCCAAUGAGAGUCAACUGGGAAACUCGUCAGCUGACUACAGAACGCUGUACUUUAAGGUACUGCAGGAGAACCUGGCUCUGAAGGACAAGCUGCAGGAGAUGGAGCUGGAGCUCAGCCAAAACAAAGUGGAGCUGGAGCGACUCCGACAGGUCCGGCAGAGUCAAGAGAGCAGCACAGACAGACCGGCCCUGCUGGAACUGGAGAGAUUUGAGAAGUUGGCCCUCCAGAGGAAAGCUGUGGAACUGGAGGAUGAGCUGAAGGUACAGUUUGUUCACUUCAGUACUGAUACCAACUGCACUGAGCUUCUGGGGGACCUCAGAGCAGACAACCAGAGGCUCAAGGAUGAGAAUGCAGCCCUCAUUCGAGUCAUCAGCAAACUCUCAAGAUGAACCUUAAAAAAAAACCUACAUGGAGAUAAAGUAUUACAUCCUUCUUUUGCCCAACUCAGAAGACACAAACCAUGACGGGAGAUGGCAGCAUCAAACACCUGCACAGCACAUUCAACAGUAACUGGAACAACACAUAGAUUUCAGGGUUAUUAGCCUGUGUUUGGGCCUUUAUGUUUUGGCAGAUCUACUGUAUAACAAGCUGAACUGCGCCUCCUGUGGACUGGCAGGACGUUCCUGUUCACAUCCACUUUUAUAUUAAGUUUUUAUUAUUGUUGUUGUUGUUUUGUUUUUUUUUUUAACUAGAAUAUUUUAAUGUGCUUUGCUUCUCUGAUACUUUGAAUAAAAUCUGUAUUAUGAGAAUUGAAGCCAUGCACAGUGCGAGCUCACAGUAAUGUUUUUAGCUUUCUUGACCUCUGAAGGGGUGGAGACAUAAAAAGCGGCAUUCAGGUGUAGGGGGUGGUUACUAGAAAAAGAAAAAGUGCCAAAAACCAGCCCCAGUUUUGCAUGUCCUUUUGGGGAAAACUCCAAGUGGUCAGUGUUGUUUCUCAGGAUGAGUCUUGGGUCGAUGCUUUCUGUUUUGGCUGACUGCUGUAAAGGUGGACCAAAUUUGCAUGCUCAUUUCUCCCUGCUCCUCUGAAUGUAUAUUUAAUAUGUAUAUUUAUGUACAGGGGCCAUCUGUCCUGACAGUGAUGUAAAGGUGUAGUCGUGGUCUCUGUUGUAAAUAGGACGGAGAGUUUUGGGUGCUAAACACGGACGUCAGAUGCAGCUCAUGUUCAGAGGGAUUUUUACAGAAAAUGUUUGUUACAAACGUCAGAUCUUUCAAGAGGGUUAGGAGAACGCAUGCUCUAUCCUUACUACUGUAAGUCAGUAAUACUUUCACUUUGCCAUUUUGACUGGACGCUUCAGAAAGCAACAACCCCUAAGCUAAGUAUUCACCCUGUGACGGACAGCUGUUAUUAUUCGACAGACAGGCCAGAUGGGUCAACUUUUGAAUGUUUACUCCAAUUUUAAACUGUAUGUCAAAUUGUAUUUUGAUGCUGUGCCUUUCGAUAUACAUUUCUAAGUGAUAUUUCUAUUUUGCUUUGGAAAACGUACAUUGUUAAGUAUAAAGUACAGUAUGGGCAUAAAUGA